GUUUUGGUUUACGCUUUUUCGGUUUUUAAUUGCUUGAAAAUGAAGACAUCGGACUCUUAUGUCUGCUAAAUUUGUGAAAUAUGGCAUGGAACACAAGAUCGAAGUGGACUCGCUCCAAACUGGAGCCUCCUCGUCUUCCAGCUCGCUUGACCGAGUUUCAGGAUGCUGAUCUCUCAGAUACAUAUGUCCCCAAUAAAGACCCUUCCACCGGUGUGCAAGCUUUGGAAGGAAGAGUGCCUAACUAUCUGUUGUUAGUUUCUCUACUGGAACAUCUCUGUUCUCUGUAUGAGACUGAUCCAGAGAAAAGCAAGAAGAUCUUUAAUGUUAUCUGUCAGCAGCUUGUGAAGAUGAAGGUGAUGCCCCCCUUUUCAUUUCUUGAGGAAUUCAGUGUUAUCAGGGCAAAAUACAAAACAGCUUUCAGUGAUCUCAUGCAAGCUGCUGCAAGGACCACUGGAACAGAUCUCCUUAGUUUCCCAUCUGGGUUGAGGAAUAAGGGCCCUUUUGGUAGAUGUAUGUGUAGGAGCCUAUCUGCUCCCCAUAAAAUGCAGGAUCUUUUGCAAAAUGGAACUUCUCGUUACAAGGAGGAGUUUGUCGAGAUCAUAAGACUUGGUAAAGGAGGCUUUGGAAGUGUUUUCAAGGUGAAAAACAAACUUGAUGGAAGAGAGUAUGCAGUAAAAAAGGUUCCACUUAAAGAAACAAAUCCUGAUCUUUGUUUAAAGGUUUUGCGAGAGGUCAAAGUUCUGGCAAACCUAAGUCACAGUAAUGUUGUUGGAUAUCAUGCAGCAUGGCUAGAGUAUGUGACAACAGAUACUGUCAGCACUACUAUGCCCAGAGUAGCUACGGUUCCCACAAGUCUUCAGGAAUUCAGUGACCUUUCUUCUUUAAAUGGAAUUCACAGGAUCAUGGAAGUUAGUCAAGAUAGCCAAAACAGCAUAGUGUUUGAAAGUUCAUCUCAGGAUCCCUCUAAUAGUGGCAUUGUGUUCAUGGCUGAUGAUGACUCAGUGGGGACUGGGAGCCAGGCGGAAGGAAAGCAGCGUGGUGCCCAUGCUGAAAGUCACUUGGGCAAGAUCCAUUCAACCAACCUCAGGAGCACCAAUAAUACUCGUAAAAGCACAGCCCCUUAUCAUGCUUCACGUCGCAGCAUGCGUCGAUCAGCGUCCAGUUCAAGCUUAGGCUCCAUGGCUAAAGAUAGUGACCGUCACGUUAUUGAUGAUGAACAAAGCAACGAGCUGAGUAGCGAUCAGAGCAGUGCAUUCGCAGAGAGCAUACUGAAAAGUACAGCCGUUAGUAAGCGUCUAGGAAUGUUGCUGUUUAUUCAGAUGCAGCUCUGCACAACAACACUGCGAGACUGGCUGGUGAAACGUAACGAGGAAAUCUCCCACACCACUGACGGCCAAGUCGACAAAUCAGCUGUUGUGGAAAUUUUUCGCCAAGUUGUGGAAGGUGUGAGCUACAUUCACUCUCAAGCGCUUCUUCAUCGAGAUUUGAAGCCAAGAAAUAUCUUUCUCCAAGGACUCAGACAUCCAAAGGAAGAACGAUAUAGUUUCCAGGUCAAAAUCGGUGACUUUGGUUUGGCUCGGAAAGAAGUGGUCGUGAGUCCUGGAGCUAGUAGUCCGCUGGCCAGUUUGAUUGAGCCACUCACCCCGUUAUUUUCUCCAGGAUGUUCUGGUAAAGAUGUUCCCACCGCUGGUGUUGGCACAUGCACUUAUGCUUCGCCUGAGCAACUAAGGAACAACAUAUACGAUAACAAGGCGGAUAUUUACAGCUUGGGAAUAAUCCUCUUCGAGCUGUACUGUCCUUUUGGUACUGAGAUGGAACGAGUAAAGAGUAUAAAAGAUCUCAGGCAGGGAAGGUUACCAGAAGACUUCUGUGAGAAAUGGCCAGAAGAGUCUAAGCUGAUAUUGGAGAUGGUAGCUGAAAACUCUGGCAACCGGCCUACAGCAGAGUCUCUUCUUGAGCUUGGCUUCUUGAAAGCAAAGCACACGCAACUAAGUGAUCACCUGAGGGAAAAGGUCAAGGAACAAGCGUCUGAAAUAAUAGAACUGCGGAAAAUGCUGUUGAAGAAAGACGAAGAGCUGGACGCUAGGAUGGAUGAAGUUAGUGAACUGAGGCGGCAGCUUGAAGAGAGAGACAAGCUUAUUGAACAGAUGCUUGCUAAUAAACAGCUCUGUACCACAUGCAGCCGUAAGCUUGUCAAUCAAGGGGAGGAGAUGGAUACAGGAUGAAAUUGCGCUGCACAGGGUAGAGGAGAUGGGGAGAAAUAAUUUGUUUACAGCACUCCCUGUUGGAGACGAACAGGGGGAGGGAACGCACAAGUGACUUUCGUGUCCUCUCCAUAGUCUUUAUUCCAAGAUUAUCAGUGUGAAUGCUGUCUCAUUUGGAAAGUACUCCUAUGACGAACAGCAUUACUUAGCUUUUCAAAUUUUAUUUAAUUUAGAAACGCAUUUUCUCAUUCAAGUUCAUAGAUAGGAAUUGUGUAGGAAAAUUUUCAACGCGGAAGGUAGAAGUUAUUUUUGUACAUAAUAUGAGAACUUCGGUCGUUUUUGAGUCAAAUUUUAAAUUGUAGAGAGACGAAAUAAUGCAUUGUGCUAUUGUAGGUGUUUUCAGUGUACCUUAAUAGCCGUAUUUAUUCGAUCAAGCGCCCCCUGUGGGUAUGAAAAUUGAAUACGCGCCCACCUCGCAUAAGCCCCCAUUCUUAAGGUGCAAAACUUUAAGAGGUACCCAGGGCGCAUAAUUGAAUAAAUACGGUAAUUAUUACCUCUGGGAUUUGAGGUAUUGAUCAGAGAUGGACAACUUUUUCGUAAGAUGGCUCAAAGGGCGUUGUUAUUUUUAGACAACAAUUAUUUAAUGUUAGCUUCCACCCUUGUUUUUGAAAUUUCCCUCUGUUCUUUGACAAAUCGUGAUCAUAGGUGACCAUAACAACACAGCCCUUUGUAGAAAGAUGAAUAUUGAAAUGCUGUUUUCCGGGUGUAUUAGGGAUGUUUUUUAGGGGCUGUAUUGUUACUAUGGUUUCCUAAUAUGCCAUAAAAGUGAUUUAAAAUAACGAACAAUAAUUGAAAUUUUUGACUUUGUCUUUAAUAGAUCACAUGGAGAAGUGUGACGAUAACAAAUAAUAAAAGAAGGGGUGUUUAAAAUUAACGAAACCAAUUUGAGCCAAAUAAAUGAGAAAUUGUCACUUUAAAAAACUGAAUAGCGCGUAUGUAAAAAAUUGAUAGGACUAGUUUAUCACCAAGUAGAAACGCAAGGUAAAUGUUGUUACUAUGCUGUGGCUUUUUAAAAGUUUUAAUUUAUUUUACGAUUUGUACAUGCGGUUAUAACGUAUUAGUUUUUCGUAUGGACCAAACGAUAAGACUGUUGGUAAAGAAUACGUCGAUAUGGAGUUGAUUUGAACAAAUGUUUCGCGAUGUGAUAUUUUCGUUGCUAGGGUCACGUUAAUAGAAUUAACCAAUCACAUUUUAGGAACGUCCAUUGAUCCCAACUGAAUUAAAUUGUGCCAUUCAUUACUUAGGACUAAAGCAAGCACAGAUCACAAAGAAUAAAGAUAGAAAUCACC